GAUAACAGCGCCUUGAUAGAUACAGCUGUUGAAACUGGUUGAAACGUAAAUUUUUAGUGCUUAAGUGUCAUUGUAUCUGUUUUUUUUUUUUUUUUGGUAAAAACGUAGCCCUCGGGCUGAAAAAUAUUACGGUUAUAAAAAUGAGAGAAGCUGGGAUAAUGUUAAUAAGUGCUGCAUUAACGUGCGCCGUAAUUGGCAAUGCUUAUUAUCAAAGAAAACAAUUUUAUCCGACGGUAGUCCACAUAACCAAAUCAAAUCCGAGCAUGACUGUAAUUUACGCUCAAACAUUGAUACUCGUUUUCAUGGUAAAUGCAUUCCUUAGGAAGUUGUUUUUUGGUACUUUACGUGCUGCUGAACUUGAGCAUUUGGUAGAGAAAGUAUGGUAUGCAGUAACUGAGACGUGUUUAGCUUUUACAGUGUUUAGGGACGAUUUCAGCCCAAAAUUUAUAGCAUUAUUUACACUUUUAUUAUUUCUUAAAUCAUUUCACUGGUUAGCCGAAGAUCGUGUUGAUUACAUGGAAAGAAGUCCAGUGAUAACAUGGCUAUUUCAUCUGAGAGUUGUGACUUUAUUAGGACUUCUAUUUUCCAUUAAUUUAACAAUGAUUCAUUAUGCAUAUUAUACAACUGCUACGAAAGGUCCUUCAGUACAACUUGUAUUUGGAUUUGAAUAUGCAAUUUUAUUGACUUGUGUAACAAAUAUUAUCCUAAAAUAUGCAUUGCACACAAUAGAUUUGCAAAGUGAAAAUCCAUGGGACAAUAAGCCAGUAUUUUUAUUAUAUACAGAAUUGGUUAUUGGUUUAUUAAAGGUCACUUUAUAUGUUGCUUUCGUAACUCUAAUGAUAAAACUGUUUACUUUACCUUUAUUUGCACUUCGUCCUAUGUAUUAUACAAUGCGUGAUUUUAAAAAGGCAUUCCAUGACAUUGUAAUGUCACGCAGGGCUAUUAGAAAUAUGAAUACACUUUAUCCGGAUGCAACGCCUGAAGAAUUAGCAGCUGCUGAUAAUGUAUGCAUAAUUUGUCGAGAAGAAAUGGUAGCAGCAAGCAAAAAAUUGCCAUGUAAUCAUAUUUUUCAUACUGCAUGCCUUCGUUCUUGGUUUCAACGUCAACAAACUUGUCCAACAUGUCGUUUAAAUAUUUUGAGACCACCUACAAAUAAUACAGAGACAAGACAACAAAAUCCACAACAAGGUCAACAAGCUCCCCAACCUCCUCCAGCAGCAGGAUUAAAUCCACAAGGCCAGGGCUUCCAAUUGCCAGGUUUUUGGGCUGGAUUGCAAGCUCCAAAUAUGAUGCCACAACAACAAGGUCAAAAUAAUGCUGUAAAUGUUCCUUUGACACCAUUCCAGAAUUUACCAACUGGAAGUGUACCGAUUUUUGCUCCACCAUUUUCUUCUAUGGUACCAUUGCCACCUAUUCCUACACCUCCACCUAAUUUAACAGAACUUACUGAAGAUGAACUCAGAGCAAUGGAGGGUAAUUUACGACAAGCGGUAGAAGCAAGAAUACGAACAUUACAGAAAGUACAACUGUUGUUAGAUGCUGCUAAUGCUAUGAUGAACCAAUAUCAAGCAGCAGCUGCUACUGUUAACAUCCCUUCUACUACAACAGAACAAAAUAUAAAUGCUCCAAAUGUGGCUACAAACCAAGAAAAUACAUGGCUAGCUAGUACAAAUGAAGGUGGGAGUUCUUGCACUGUAAUAGAUGCAAAUAUUUCUGUUCCAGACACAGUUAAUGAUAAUACAGUUAGUCAAUCAUGCACAAGAAAUAUUGAAAUAGCUUCAGAAACAUCAUCGAGAGCUGAAACAGAACCCACGAAUGAGCAAGAAAUGUUAAGGAGACGUAGGCUACAGAAAUUUUCAGCUCAGAACACAACAGAAUAAGUAGUUUUUAAACUAUGUAACAAAUUAGUUUUUGAUUAAUGCCUGUUCUCAAUUACAGAUAUGAUCAAUGAUUGAAGGAUAUCUGUUUGAAUAUAGACUGCAACUAUGAAAUAAAUUAUUAAGAGUGGGUAAAUAAAUAUAGAAAAAAAUUUACAAUUUUUCGAUUCCUUGGAAGAACAAUGUACAAUUAAAACUUGUCAAUGUGUUCUUGGAUAUUAAUAUAUAUUAUAGGCAGUGAUCAUUUAAUUUUGUCCUGAAAUAAACAUUUUUUAUAUGUGAUAUCAUUUUCUGUUAUUAUGAUUAUAUAUUUAUACUAUACAUACAUAAAAUGAAAAUGUACAGAUGUGAUCACUGCAACAGAUUUCUAAUAUCUUAUGUGGUUUUCUUUAAUAUAUAUUGAUAGUAAAAUUGGACAAAACUGAUUGAACUAUUAAGGUAUUGUUUUAUUCCCACUGUAUCUAUUAAAUUCAUAUUAUAAACCUAACAUAUUAUUCAGAGAUAUACUUUUUCCUAUUAACCCAACUAUUUUAACAAUUUAUAAUUCAUAGAUGUAAAUAUAUGUAAAAGUUGAAACUACUAUAAAUAUUGACAUCUGUCUAUGUAAUAUGUAGGCCUGCACAAUGCUUUAGGUAUUAUCAGGAUACAUUAUUUCUCUGUGAAGUUUGACACAGAUUAAAUAUUUGUGCAACGAGGCAUUAUAAUUACACAAAUUGUAUAAUGGAUUAUCUAUAUUUGUCUAUAUUUUUUCCAAUUAUCAUGAACAUAAAAACAUUACUGUAUGUUACCAUAGUGACUCCAAACUAACAAUAAAUAAUAAUCAAUAUAUGUAAUAAA